AAAAUUCUAAAAGACGAAAUCACUCAAGUUUUGGACCCUAUGUUCGACGCAGCAGAACAACCGCAGGCGAUCGUCCGACCCACCUGAGUGCAACUCAGUCUUCUAUCGUACGCGAAGCAGCUACCAGCGCCGUCGUAUCCACGCUGCUAAAUUUUACCCGCGUCGGCUUCAUUGUUGUGUUUGGUUUAAAUAAAAAGGUUGAGUGCAGCUAAGACGUGUGGCUCUGAGCAAAGGGAAAAGGCAGUAGUGGCUAAAUUUUUGGUUGUUGGAAAAAAACGAUAUAAUGGCCAGCCAGAAUCAACUUCUCCAUAGCGGUCUCAUCGGGAAAGUACUUUCAGCGAUGGAUAACGCCAACAACUGGCACACCAAGGAGAGCGCCCAAAGGGCCCAAACGCAACCAAAGCAGCUUACACGAAACAGCCUGCUGUGACAACAAAAUAGAAGCAAAACGGGAGCUGUGACAGUAACAGUAAGGCAACAGUAAAGCAGCAGUAAAAGCAGCAGUUGCAGUAGAAAUAGUGGGUGGGAGGCCACUGAUAGAGGCUUCAGCUGCGGCCGCUUUCAUUUCAUUAAGCGACAGUACGGCAUUAAGCGGUGUAACCGCAAAGCGUCUAAUACGGCAACAAAACUACAAGGUCAACAACAACAAGAAUUAACCACAGGACACAGCAGGCAGACACAAUUGUGGCUGCCAAGGCAUCACAUAGUCUCAUACACAAAUACGAGUACACGUACGUGUACAAGUAUAUAGGAAAAGCGGCAAGAUGCAGACAAAUGUGCAAAUUGAUUCAAAAAAUAUACGCAACACCGAUGAUAAUUUCCGUGGGCGCGGCCAUCACAUCACUAUCGAGGAGCUGGUCGCCAUUUCACCGGAACGACGCAAUUGGCGUGGCAUAUUCAUUGCCCUGCUGGUAAUCGCCGCCGUCUUCAGCCUGAUCAUAUUCUCCAUAUUCCUGCUCUCGCCCGAGGAUGAGGGUCUGCGCAUACGCGGUCGCCGCAUGCUACCCAGCGAUAUUUUGGGCAAAAGUCUGCAGUGGAAGCCGUUCAACGGCACCUGGAGCAAUGACUACGAGCUCGUCUAUCGCGAUCCCACGGGCGGCCUCUCCAUUCUCAAUCUGGCCGACCACACUACGCGCAUUCUGAUGACUAAUUCCACAUUCCGUCAACUGAAUGCCGAAUCCUUUCUGGUAGCGCCAGAUCAGAAAUAUGUGCUUCUGCAGUCCGACAGCAAUGCCGAGGGCUCCAGACAUCAUGUCUACGAGGUGCAAACCGCCAACACAUUUCCAUUGGGACCAACUGAGAACAUUGCUGAGGCACCUCGCCUGCAGCACGUUGUCUGGGCCCCCAUAAAUCCGCCGCCGCCACCAACCCCGCCACCGUCGCCGUCGCCGUCAGGUGAAGCGGCUGGUGGCGCACCGACAUCGACACCCGCACCAUUGCCGAGUGGCAGCAUAAUACUGAAUAGCCUGGCGGGUGCGGCGGCUGGUGGGGCGGGAAAGCCGACACCAACAGCCGGCAGCAAUGGGAAUGGGAGCAAUGCUGGCAAAGCAAGCUAUACUCUGAACCAGGCAAUUGCCUUUGUACACCACAACGACAUCUACUAUAAGCCGAAGGUGCAGGGCGAACUGGUGUGCCGGAUCACGCAGACGGGGGAGGCGGGGGUGCUGUACAAUGGCAUUCCCGAUUGGACAUACGAAAACGUGCCGGAACUGGAGAGCAAACGCAGCAGUCUAUCCUUCUCACCGGAUGGUGUCUUCCUAGCCUUCCUCACAUACAAUGACAGCGUGGUUAACGAGUACAAAUACACUUGGAUGGGCGAUGACAUCAAAUAUCCGGCUGUGCUGACACAACGUUAUCCCAAGGCAGGCGCCAUUAAUCCCAAUGUAACCGUGAAUGUUGUCAAUCUUUCGGUCAUUAAGUAUAUAUUUCCAACACAAAUCAAACUGCCCGCUGAGCUGGCGAAUGGAAGUUAUGUGGGCGGUCUUACCUGGGCCUCACCCAUCGAUCUCUCCGUAACGGUGACAAAUCGAGAACAGACCACAGCCACAACGGUCAUAUGCCGGGCCCCGCACUUCUACUGUCAAGUGGUGCACACGGAGGUGACCAUCAACGAUGGUUGGGUGUUGCCCGCCGAGCGUCCCGUCUUUUCGGCCCGGAUAGGAGCCCAGCUACGAAUGGGUCAGCGUCAGCAGCAGUUACAGGAGGGCUUGUCAUCUGGAAAUGAGAAUCAACCGAAUGUAACUAAUGGCCAGACAACGUAUGAGAUAUCCAAUGGAGGGCAUCUGCUUAAGCGUCUGCCGGUGCGGGAUGGCGAACAUGGCCAUUAUAGGCAUGUGGUGUUCAUAUCAUCGUUGGAUCGACGACCCGUACCGCUGACCAUGGGCCGAUUUGAGGUUACCGAAAUCGUUGGCUGGGACGAGGCGCACGAGAUCGUUUAUUUUAUGGCUGCUCCUGAGAAGCGACCUGGCGAACGGCACCUCUACAAGAUCAGCCUUAAACUAAACUUCACCGAGUCCAAUCGCACGUACAUAACCUCAACACAACCGACCUGCCUGACCUGCGACAAUACCGAGGCCACCUAUCGUCUAUAUCGGGCCCAUAGCACAAAUGCCGCUGAGUGGCAACGUGGGGACAAAUGGGAGGAUGUGGUGGCACGCCUCGAACCGGACGAUUGCAUCUACGAUAUACCCAAGAAUUGUCUUUAUAAUCGUGUUCAGUUCAGUCGCGACUAUUCGUAUUAUGUGCAGGAGUGCCUGGGACCCGAGGCACCCAGCGUCUAUCUCGUCGAUACAGCGAGCAACGACAAGAUCUUCGUACUGAACGCCGGCGAUGUGUUGCGGCAUCGGUUAGCUCAGCUGGCCAUACCGCAGAUGCGCACGUUCAGUGUGGAGAUCAGACAUGGCUUCCAUGCCCAAGUGCGACUCUAUUUGCCGCCAGGCAUGCGCGAAGAAGAAGAGGUCGCUUUUCCGCUGGUACUGCAUGUUGAUGCAUCGCCGGGUUCCCAGCUGGUUACGGAGCGCUUCCAUGUGGACUGGAAUUGGUAUCUGUGCAGCCAGCGUAGCUUCAUCGUGGCGCAGAUUGAUGGGCGUGGCAGCGGCUAUCAAGGCGAAUUGUUGCGCACACAAGUGCAUGGCAAACUGGGCACCGUCGAGGUUGAGGAUCAGUUGGGCGUGUUAACUUAUUUGCGCGACAAUUUGAAGUUUAUUGAUCCGCUACGCAUCUGCGCCUUUGGCUGGGGCUACGGCGGCUAUGCGGCCGCCAUGAUGCUCAUCGAUGAUUCGCAGCAGGUGCUGCAAUGUGCCGUCUCAAUAAAUCCGAUUGUUUCCUUUGGCUAUCACUACUCCUUCUUCACCGAACGCUAUAUACCAUUAAAGGGCGACUAUUUGCGUGCCCUGCAAGAGGCCGAUCUGACAAUGAAAGCGGGCAAUAUUAAAGGUCGAAAUCUAAUGCUAAUGCAUGGCACAGCCGACACGCUAGUCCAUCAGGAGCACACACUAAUGCUGGUGCGUGCUCUGGUUGAUCAGCAGGUCAAGUUCCGUCAUCAGGUCUAUCCCGAUGAGGAUCAUGCCAUUGGACGAUCACUGAGUCAUGUGUACAAGACAAUGGAAUGGUAUUUCGAUGAGUGCUUUGGCCCCGUCGAUGAUAACGAGUGGGACCCGACGGGGCUCUUUGUGUUCAAACAAUAAUUAAGACCCCCCUACGAUCCUUACGAUGAGGAUCCGAUGGCCAAUCAACUCAACGACAUCGACAUCGAUCCCGAUCCGGGUGAUGGCUACAAUUCCAGCGCAAUAGUUAUAACAUCUACAGCAACAGCAGCUUCAUCGGCAUUCAGUCAUUUGGAUGAAUUGGACAGCCUGGAGAUGCUGGACAUGAUGACUACGACGGCAACUACACUUAGCAAAAUAUCGGCCAAGUUGUGUAACUUUAGCAGCAAACGCAAAUUGCAACAAACAGAGACGGCUUUGGCCCAAAAGACGCGAAUACUACAGAAAUAGGCGAGCGUGUAUGUGAGUGUGUGUACAUCGUUUUGCGUGAGUCCUCGUGCAAGAGUCUUCGUGAGGCGGUGCACACAACUCUGCAUUUGAGAGUGAGUGAAUCGGAAAAUGUUUGUAUGUCGAUAGAUGGAUGUGUGAGAAUUUGUGUGCGUGAGUCAGCGUGUGUGUGUGCUGGAUUAUUACUCUUGGAAUUUUAAAUAUGUAUCUUACAACAGAGUUGGGGUCAUCACGAAAUUAGGCUGAUUAAAGUUGCUUAGCUGCGCAAAGAUGAAACUCUUUAAACAUCGAUUUGCAAUUCCUCAUUCGAAGGGUUGCUUAACUGCUUAAUGAUGAGACUCUUUUAAUAUUCCAUAUCCCAUUUUGAUUCCCAAUUCGAAUAAUUACUGAACUGCUUAAGAUGAAAUACUUUUAAUAUCCAAUUUUAAUUCUUAAUCAUAAAUUUGCAAAUUCAACAUCAAGUUAUGUUAUUAUUAUUAAGUUGUCAAUUUAUGCAGUUAUGCAUUAGAUUUAGCUGAUUAGAAUUGCUUAACUGCUUAAAGAUGAAACUUUUUAAAUUUUAAUGCCUAAUUCGAAUAAUUGAUUAACUGCUUAAAGAUAUAACCCUGUUCAUAACCAAUUUGAAUUCCUGAAUCGAAAAGUUGCUAAACUGCUUAAAAAUGAAACUCUUGCAUAAAUAAACAAUGAUAUUGUUAAAUUCACGUUAGUUGAACAUUUAAGCGUUUAAUCAGCAAUCAAUUUUAAUUAUCAAAUGCUUAACUGCUUACUUGCAAAACUCUUAGUAUCCAAUAUUUAUUUGAAAGUCGAGACAAUUCUAUUUUGUCUUUACGAUAACUAAAUAUUUAAGCAGUUCGGCAUUUUAUCAGCCACUCAUGAAGACCGCAACUUGGGAUGUGUGUGUUGUUUUUUAUUUUUUUUUUUUUUCUCCCAAACAAUGAUUAUGUUAAGCAGAUCGAAGUUCUAUAAAGCAGCAAAGCAGUUUAUAGCGAACAACAGCAGUAAGGUGAUUCAUUUAUGCGACUGAUUAUUAAAAUAUGUGUAUUAAUUACUAGACAGGGAGUUACAAAAAAUUGUAUUAACAAUUUUUUUUAAAUAGAGAGAGAGAGAGAAGAAGGAGUAGAUCGCUGUGUUUCGUCGUCUCCAUGCAAAUGCGCGUUGUAGUCGUUGGGAACGUUUGGGAACGUAGGGGAGCAGAGAAGGCUGUGGCCAGCCAGAAAACAAACAUACACACAAACACAUACAUAUAUGUAGUUACUAAGUUGGUUUAGGAGCAGGAGAAAUCCAAAAAUUAAUGAUAAUUAUUGUAGCGCGUGCAUAUUCCAAUUUGUUGUGUGUUUGUUAUUUUAAUUUUGUUGUGAUUGAUUGAUUGGUUGGUUGAUUGAUUGAUUUAACUAUAUUGAAUUGAAUUGAAUUGUUUUGAAAGGUAUUUACGAUCAUGAUGAUACUAAGUAUAUACAUAUACAUAUGACCCUAUAUAAAUGAAGAAUAUACCCAUGUAUGUAUAUGUAUGUGUGUGUGCAUAGAAAUAUAAAUGUAUAUUUAUAAUUGACUGAACAUUAUUUUUUUAUACAUUAACAAUUAAUAAUAAUUGCAUUUUAAAAGUAAAGCAGCCAGACGGAAAGGACAGAAACAACAUGUUCAUCGAAAAAGAAUAACUGUAACACAUUAAUAACAUUAAUUUAUUGCAAACUUUAAACAACAACCAUGCGUAUUUUGGCAGAAAAGGAGCAAACAUAAGUAGAGAAUAACUUUAAAAGCUUAUUAAUUAACUGUUAUGUGAAAACCAGAAUACAAAUAAAACUAAAUAUACUAUAAAUGUAUAUGUAUAUCCGUAUAUAUGUAUGUAUGUGCGCAGCAGAAAAUGAAAAUAAAAGUAAAUAAGUUAAUGGAAAAAUUAAAAAACAAACACAAACACAAACAUUAGCAUAGAAAGCAACCAGCGGGCACAGGGGUCGUCAAUACUAGUGUGUACUAGACCGAGGGGAGUUCAGAGAGUAGUGAAAUGUUUUUGCUGCUGCCUGCAUCGAAGCCAUUAAGCUACUAGGUAUAGUAUUAAAUGCUUUAGAACCAAAGGCGAAGAGUUAUUUUUAAGAUUUUUUUUUACCACACACAUACAUAUACUAUAUAUAUAUAUAUAUAUAUAUGAAUAUAUAUAUUUAUUAAUGAGAAACAAUGGAUAAAAACAUGAAAAUGAAUUUCCAAAUGAUGAGUCAUUGUCAUUAGAUAUUAAAUGUUGCGUCUAAAGGCGACUGCCCGCCCCCGCUACAGCCCCCUUCCCGCGAAGGAGUGGCACUUUUAUUAAAUACAUGCAUACAUACAAACCUAUAAUCUAUAUGGAAUGAAGAAGAGAGUCACAGAACACAAUAAGCAAAUGUAUGUAUGUAUGUGUGUCGAACAUUUCCAGAACAUAAAAUACAAUAAUAGUCAAGCUUUAAAUGUUGUACACAAACUUAUAGAGAGGUACACACUCACACACACAACACCAACACACACACACACACACACACACAUACAUAUGUCUUAACAAUAAUAAACAAGAAAUAAGAAACCCCCUAAAUGUCUCUCUAAAUAAAUGUUAAAUGUAACUUUAAAGAAAACUAUACAUGCAUAUAUAAAUGUUUAAAACAAAACAAAACAAAAAACAAAAGCAAAAUAAAGAAACGGAAAAACUAUACAUACGAGUAUAUACUACACAACAUACACCAUGAUAAUGCAAACAAAUAAUAGGGCAACUAAAGGCAACAACUUAUGAAAAUACUUAUAUUUAUUAUUGAGGGAGUAACGGGAACCAACCCAACCAAAUAGACAUACAAUAAUAUAUGUAUAUUACUGCAUCUGUAUUAUUGUAAUGUAUCUCCAACUCAAGUAUAUACUUAUGUAUGUGGAACAAGCAAGCAAAUGCAAAUGAAACUAACAAACAAACAAGAAAAUCUUUUUCAUGAAGUACAAACGAUUGUGAAAAUGUACAAUUUAGUUGCUAUUCUAAAUUUGCCAACACAACAACAACUACAACAAAAACAAGAACACAGAGUGAACAUCAUUUUAGUUAGUCCACUUAUAAAGUAUUUUCCCCACAUAGUUCAAAAGUCCAACGAAGUUAUUUGGUUUCAAGGCAAUACAUCUCAAUAAAGCAACAAAAAAAAAACAACAAAAUACACUAUAUACAUAAAUUCACUCCAAAUUUUUCAACAGACAACCCAAACUAUUGAGAAGGGGCUGUACUGCACAAAAUUUUCAGUUGCAGUAACUCCCUUCGCAAACUACACACACACACAUGUACACAUGCAGAGAAACAUACACACACACACACAUUAUGUACUAUGUAAUUUUCAAUAAUUGACAAAACAAAAACUACCAGAAGUAAACAAAAACGAAACA